ACAUUUUUUAAUGCGACGCACCGCAAUGGCGGCUCACAGCAAGAUGAAUGUCAGAAUGUUUCUUUACAGUAAUACUUGUUCUGACGUUAGAAAUAGCUUUUGCUUUUAAUUUGCACUGAGUCGUAGCUUGUAAUGUUUGUGAUUCUACACAACAGUGUCACAAUUCGCUUUUUUCUUGCUCUUAUUUCCGGAGACAUUUGGAUGCUUUGAGCUCAGAGGUUAUGGCUCUGUCAGGGAGGAUGCUGAAAACCUCCAGCAUCUUCCAGAGACAUCUCUUUGAGCCGCACAUCGCUGGUCCUGUCUCCCUGAGCAUCAGGACUGUGUAUGAGCGGGACUACCGCAGACCAGGCCAGGCUCCGGACACGCGAUGGCCCUGGCAGAAGAUCAACUUCGACUUCUCAAAGGGUGUUGACGGGAUAAAGAAGCACUUCGGGCUCCUGAAGGACGAGUUCCUGGAGCGCUGGUCGGGGCCCGAGGGCCGGCCGCUGGAGGUGCACAUGCUGGAGCAGACGCGCAUGCUGUGGGAGUUCCGUGGCCCCGAGUCGCUCAGUCAGUGGGUGGUCACCUCUGACCGGGAGAUCGGCGGCCGGAGUGAGGCGUACAUCAAGCUGGGGAGGAAUAACUCCACCUGCAUGUUGUACGGCUCUCUGUGCUCGGCUCCACCUCAGGACGGAGAGACACGCUACAGCGGAUACUGCACCAUGCGCUCCAAACAGCCUCGGGCUUCAUUCGACAGGAAGAAGCACUUUGAUUGGUCGAGCUUCAACACUCUGUAUUUGCGUAUCCGUGGAGACGGCAGGCCGUGGAUGGUGAACAUCUCCGCCGAGACCUACUUCUCUCACCAGAGAGACGACAUGUACAGCUACUUCCUGUACACUCGAGGGGGUCCGUACUGGCAGGACGUUAAGAUCCCCUUUUCUAAAUUCUUCCUCUCAAGCCGAGGGAGAGUACAAGACGACCAGCACGCCCUCUGGCUGGACAAGGUGAACACUAUCGGCUUCACGCUGGGAGAUAAAGCUGAUGGACCCUUUCAGUUAGAGAUCGACUUCAUCGCUGUGUGUAACGAUCGCGCUCACACAGAGGAGUUUGCGUAUGAACUGUACAAGAGGAACCCAGAGGUGUAACGGACAGAAACUGUGACCUUGAGCUUGAUGGAAAAUUGUUGGGUGUUCAAUUUCAUGAACUUAUAAUGCCACACACACACACACAACCAAGGACAUAGAAAUACAAAAACACGACAUUGUUUAAUAGUGAAUGAAAGCAGAGCUUAAACAUCUAUGACAAUGUUUUUUGCCAACAAAAUUCAUUCCUCCAUCGUGACUGGUCGAUAUACAGAUAGAUAUAAAACAAGGUCUGAAAACGAA